AGGGCGGGGCGGGCGCGCUGUGGGGAUCCCGGGGCUGGCGAGGGUCCCUGACUAGGCUCCGCGCGGCGACAUGGACCGGAUGGCCAGCUCCAUGAAGCAGGUGCCCAACCCGCUGCCCAAGGUGCUGAGCCGGCGCGGGGUCGGCACGGGGCUGGAGGCGGCGGAGCGCGAGAGCUUCGAGCGGACUCAGACUGUCAGCAUCAAUAAGGCCAUUAAUACGCAGGAAGUGGCUGUGAAGGAAAAACACGCCAGAACGUGCAUCCUGGGAACCCACCACGAGAAAGGGGCUCAGACCUUCUGGUCUGUCGUCAACCGACUGCCUCUGUCCAGCAACGCGGUGCUCUGCUGGAAGUUCUGCCACGUGUUCCACAAACUCCUCCGAGACGGACAUCCGAAUGUCCUGAAGGACUCUCUGAGAUACAGGAAUGACUUGAGUGACAUGAGCAGGAUGUGGGGUCACCUGAGUGAGGGGUAUGGGCAGCUUUGCAGCAUCUACCUCAAACUGCUGAGAACGAAGAUGGAGUACCACACCAAAAACCCCAGGUUCCCGGGCAACCUUCAGAUGAGUGACCGACAGCUGGACGAGGCUGGAGAAAGUGAUGUUAACAACUUUUUCCAGUUAACAGUGGAGAUGUUUGACUACCUGGAAUGUGAACUAAACCUCUUCCAAACUGUGUUCAACUCUUUGGACAUGUCACGCUCUGUGUCGGUGACGACAGCUGGGCAGUGCCGCCUCGCCCCACUGAUCCAGGUCAUAUUGGACUGCAGCCACCUCUACGACUACACUGUCAAGCUUCUCUUCAAACUCCACUCCUGCCUCCCAGCUGACACCUUGCAAGGCCACCGGGACCGCUUCAUGGAGCAGUUCACAAAGUUGAAAGAUCUGUUCUACCGCUCCAGCAACCUCCAGUACUUCAAGCGGCUCAUUCAGAUCCCUCAGCUGCCCGAAAACCCACCCAACUUCCUGCGAGCCUCAGCCCUGUCAGAACACAUCAGCCCUGUGGUGGUGAUCCCAGUGGAAGCCUCGUCCCCUGACAGCGAGCCCGUCUUGGAGAAGGAUGACCUUAUGGACAUGGACCCCUCCCAGCAGAAUGUAUUUGACAACAAGUUUGAUGACAUCUUUGGCAGCUCAUUCAGCAGCGACCCCUUCAAUUUCAACAGUCAGAACGGCGUCAACAGGGAUGAGAAGGACCACUUAAUUGAGCGGCUGUACAGAGAGAUCAGUGUGCUGAAGGCACAGCUGGACAACGUAAAGACUGAGCACCCCACCCCACGGCAGCGGGCGACUGGCCUCGUGACCCGAGUCCCCCCGCAGGGCCAGCGGGCCGUGCUGCAGCUGAAGGGCCGCAUCAGCGAGCUGGAAGCCGAGCUGGCGGAGCAGCGGCACCUGCGGCAGCAGGCGGCCGACGAGUGCGAGUUCCUCCGGGCAGAGCUGGACGAGCUGCGGCGGCAGCGGGAGGACACCGAGAAGGCUCAGCGGAGCCUGACCGAGAUAGAGAGGAAGGCGCAGGCCAACGAGCAGCGCUACAGCAAGCUGAAGGAGAAGUACAGCGAGCUGGUGCAGAACCACGCCGACCUGCUGCGGAAGAAUGCAGAGGUGACCAAACAGAUGUCUGUGGCCAGACAAGCCCAGGUAGAUUUGGAACGAGAGAAGAAAGAACUGGAGGAUACCUUGGAGCGCAUCAGUGACCAGGGUCAGCGGAAGACUCAAGAGCAGCUAGAAGUUCUAGAGAGCUUGAAGCAAGAACUUGCCACCAGCAAACUAGAGCUGCAGGUCCUCCAGAGCAACCUGGAAACUUCUGCCCAGUCAGAAGCAAAAUGGGUGGCCCAGGUCACCGACCUCGAGAAGGAGCGGGCCAGCCUCGUUAGUUCUGUGGCUUCUCGAGAGAAGGAACUGUCCGCCCUUAAGGAACAGCUGGAACACGCCCAACUCAAACUGGCCAGCUCGCAGGAAUCCAUGUGCCAGCUUAAGAAAGACCAACGAAAAAUGCUUCUGGUGGAGUCGAGGAAGUCUGCGGAGCAGGUGAUACAAGAGGCCCUGAGCCAGCUCGAAGAACCCGCGCUGGUCAGCUGUGCUGGGUCUGCAGAUCACCUUCUCUCCACGGUCAAGUCUGUUUCCAGCUGCAUUGAUCAACUGGAAAAAAGCUGGAGUCAGUAUCUGGCCUGCCCGGAAGAUAUCGGUGGACUUCUCCAUUCAAUAAUCCUGCUUGCCCAUUUGACCAGUGAUACCAUUGCUCACGGUAGCACCACCAGCCUUAGAAGCCCGCCGGAGCCUGCCGACUCUCUGACAGAGGCCUGUAAGGAGUAUGGCAGGGAGACCCUCAUCUACCUGGCCGCCCUGGAGGAAGAGGGAACCGCUGAGAAUGCUGAUAGCACAGCCAUGAGGAACUGCCUGAGCAGGAUCAAGGCCAUUGGCGAGGAGCUCCUGCCCAGGGGCCUGGACAUCAAACAGGAGGAGUUGGGAGACCUGGUGGACAAGGAGAUGGCGGCCACUUCAGCUGCCAUUGAAACCGCCACGGCCAGGAUAGAGGAAAUGCUCAGCAAGUCGCGAGCAGGAGACACAGGAGUCAAACUGGAGGUGAAUGAAAGGAUCCUUGGUUCCUGUACCAGCCUCAUGCAAGCUAUUCAGGUACUGAUCGUGGCCUCCAAGGACCUCCAGAGAGAGAUCGUGGAGAGCGGCAGGGGUACAGCAUCCCCUAAAGAGUUUUACGCCAAGAACUCUCGAUGGACAGAAGGACUCAUCUCAGCCUCCAAAGCUGUGGGCUGGGGAGCCACCGUCAUGGUGGACGCAGCUGAUCUGGUGGUCCAAGGCAGAGGGAAGUUUGAGGAGCUAAUGGUGUGUUCACAUGAAAUUGCUGCUAGCACAGCCCAGCUCGUGGCUGCAUCCAAGGUGAAAGCCGAUAAGGACAGCCCCAACCUAGCCCAGCUGCAGCAGGCCUCUCGGGGAGUGAACCAGGCCACUGCUGGGGUUGUGGCCUCAACCAUUUCCGGCAAAUCACAGAUCGAGGAGACAGACAAUAUGGACUUCUCGGGCAUGACGCUGACCCAGAUCAAACGCCAAGAGAUGGAUUCCCAGGUUAGGGUGCUGGAGCUAGAAAAUGAAUUGCAGAAGGAGCGUCAGAAACUGGGAGAGCUUCGGAAAAAGCACUACGAGCUUGCUGGCGUUGCUGAGGGCUGGGAAGAAGGAACAGAAGCAUCUCCACCUGCACUGCAAGAAGCGCCACAGACCAAAUCGGUGGAAGUCCCCGUGGCAGCCGCGCCACUCCUGUUGCCCAGUGCUGAGGACCUGCAUGACCCUUCCAAAGACUCCCUCCACAGUGACACCCUUCCUGUGUGAACCCACGGUCUCUGUUCUUUCCCCGCCUCCCUAGUGUCCAGGCCGCCCAUGAACAACCUCAGGUCCAAAGAGGAAGGGGUCAGGCCAUGCACCAGAGCGACUUCCAUCCAGGCCUGCCUCCUUUUGCCCCCCACAACAAUCGGUGUCCUUAUUAGAGGGGCUUCUUGGUGUUGUUGAGCGUGGAGAGGGAAGAUCUUAUGCAUUUUUUUUUUUUUUUCUGUUUUCUUCUCAGUCUGUUCAGUUUCAUCAUUUGCACAGACUUGUGAGCAUCAGAGGGCUGGUGGAUUCCAAACCAGGACACUACCCUGAAUCCGCACAGUCAGAAGAACAGCGGGGUGUCCUGGCUGAGAAUGCCAGCGCCGUUCUACCCCUCUUUGGGCAGUUCCGUGGAUUCCCACUGCUUCUUCGGGUGGUUGGUUGGGGUUUUUUGGUUUGGAUUUUUUUUUUUUUUAAAGUUUCACUCACAUAGCCAACUCUCCCAAAGGGCACAUCCCUGGAGCUCUGAGUUCCCUGGGGCCUCACCCCACGGCAGUUCCAGCAACGGUGCUGCUCAGGCUUCGCCUUGGUGCUCCACCUCCGCCUCCUGCUGAGCGAGGGCCGGUGACCGAGGCCACGCUCCAGCGUCAGGCAGAGCUGCUGAGUAACAGCUUGUCCUCAAAAGGCAGAAGCAGAGCGAGUGCCUUUCCUCCCUCCAGCUGGACUCCAGCUGGAAGCCUCUGUCCCCCUUCACAAGUGAGAGGGCAACAGAAGGAGGGACAGGAGGGGUACACAUGGCCCAAGGGGACACCUUUCUUAGGAAUUCCCGUGACCAGGCUCAAAAACCUUAACUCACACUUGAACCAAGCUGGUGAGAGUAACAACACUACUUCCCCCGAAUGAAUUGUCCAUGUCAUGGCAAGUGGGCCACCUCCCUUCAUUCCCAGGCAGGGCCCUAAGAGGAGCGUGGGAGGAUUCCCAGCUCCUUUCUCCAGACGUCUGCCUUGGCAUUCCCUUGAAUCUGAAGAAGAUUGUUCCAUGUUCUACCCGGUUGACAGACCCGGAAGAUCAGACACGCUUGCUCCCAUCAGGAAAGAGCCCUGUGCUGGGUUUGGUACCCUUAGUAUUUAUUACCAACCUCCUUUAACCGGCGACAGCCUGCAGAAAGAUGCUUGUGACUGGCAAGGCUUGUAUCGCUGCCCUGCGGCAUCAGCCUUCAAGAAGUUAGAAGCGAGGCCAAGGUGCCAUCCCUGGAUUGUCCCUGGCGUGGAUCCCAAAGCAGCAGGUCCCUCCGAGCUUUUGGGGUCAGGGAAACGAGAAAGGGGAGCCUCUGGCUCUGACGCCUUCCAGCCACACCUUCCAGGCUCUUGCUGCCCGACAGAUAGACAGGAUGAGGACAGAGGGCACAUGAACAGCCUCCUAGAGACGGGCAGCCUGCCAGCACUUUUCCACUCCCAGAUGGACCCCAGCAUCUAAGUGACCUUCUGAUCUUGGAAAAACAACGUCUUCCUUCUUUAUCUCUAGCAACUCAGUAGUAGUAGCCAACAAGCACUUCCCAGGACUGGUCCCAAAGGAACAUUGCUAAGUUUUGCUACGUGACGGGUUGUGAGACUGCUGUUUGAUCACUGUGAAUCAGCCCCCCUCUUUCUACCCCACCCCACCCCAGCGCCCUUUCUGUGCAUUUUCUAAGUGGGGCACUCCAAAAAACAGUCUCCCAGGAUCUCAGAUGACCAUACUCAGAUGUGUGACCUCCAUAUUGGGCCAAGGAGGUAUCGGCAGUAGGAACUGGGCAGUCUUAAGUUCAGUGCUGCUUUGUGCGUGGUGUUCUUCCAACCCAAGGUUCAGAAGGAGUGCUGCGUGGCAUCCCUGUCCCAGUUGUGCCAGUUAAGCCAAUCAGUAUGUUCUCAGUGUGGGUCGCCAGCUCCAAAAGUGGCUGGGCCUCACUUCCAGGGUCGCAACCAUUCAAACGCAUGUGUUCAGAAUUACCAGUGGAGGGCAAAGUGUAGUGCAUUGGACCAGAUUCAGAUGCUCUGAAUAACACUCCCUCUAAAAAGAAGCCACGGUAAUUUUUAAAACCUUCCUGGACUUAGCCUAAGUAAUAAAACAGUUAAGAUAGCACUUAAACAGGAGCACAGGCUAAUUCAGUGUCACAUGGGGAAAUACCUGUCAGAUGGAGUGUACUUACUUUCAUAAUAGUUCAGAUUAGCAACUGUUCAUUCUCCAGCCAAAGUCAAAUUGUCCUACCUUCGCUCUUCUAAAAACGGAUGUGUCAUACUUGCUGUGAAAUACCUUUGAUUAAAACAGGAAUCACAUCUUAAAGCUAAAAAUGAACUUCACAGCCUUUUAAAUGAGUCACUGAGCAUCCCUAGUGACCGAAGUCUUGGGUUGAGUGUAAAUGGGUUAUGACGAGACAAGAUGACAAGAAAAUAAUGGCUUAGGAUGAAUAAGAGGUCGAUAUUCAGUUGCAACUUAAUUUUGUCAUACAGUGCUCUAAUACCUCUAGAGUAAGGAUAUUUGUAUACAUAAUAAGGGAAAAAAUAGAAGAAAAGACUUUCCUUUGUGGAGUUAUUUUAUAUCUGAGCAAGGAGUUUAAAUUAGGCUAUAAUUCAGAUUGUUUGCCAAUCCUGCUGCCAUCGGCAGUGUCCCUAGGAGCCCACCUGAAUAUGAGUGCUUAACCCAGUGGCUGGAAGAACCAAACACUGCCCAGAGCAUCCUUUCUUGGAAUUGUUUUCGGCUCCAAGUCAGACACCAAGGUUUAUACCAGGUAGCGCAGGGAUCACAGAUACAUGUCAUUUUGGUCAGGUUAGUUUGCUUUGGCCUCUCGCCCCUGAGAAGGAGCUGGUUCUCAGCUUGCACCGGGGAAGUUCUCAUUUCUUUGUCAGCUUCUUAGUCUAGAGGGGUCUGCUGGCUCCACUUCACUCUGGUCUUUAAAAACUGGGAAAUGUCUUGCUACCUUCUACCACCUUUUCAAAUCUCUGGAAAUCCUUCCUGCCAAUGAAAGCCUUCAGUCCCAACCUUGGCCUUCCAAGCAGACCGGCUUUGCCCUCUCUCUGCCAUCCUUGGUCCUCCAGAGACUGUACCACCUAUAGCAGAGAAAACCACCAUCAUGGGCCUGCCAGCCUUCAACACAGCAAACCAGGCCAACUACGAGUGCUCAAUUUCUUCUUCUCCCAGGUCCACACCAAAUACAGGAUCAGCAACACACAGCCGUGGCGCCGCCUCACCCCAGGAGCCAAAGCGAGGUGAAACAAUUGGUUAGAUGCUGUUGGGUCCGAUUCUGAGAGUAGAUUUUUCCAGACAUGUCUUUCAGGUGACCCUCAACUACCUCGGGUUUGAAGGCCCUAAAUUAAGCUGAUUACCACUCAUAGGGACAAACCGAGGGGGUUUCGGUUAAAUCUUGGUGAUAAUGCAAUUGUCUCAAACUUAGAACAAACUCUUUCACAUUUAGAUUUGCAGGGAUAGGGUUGGGUUUAUUUUUCCUUUCUUCUGUUUUUAACCUGUCCCCCAAUUUUUCAUUAGGAUAGUUCCUAUCAAUGAAUUUCAUUUUUCACUGAGUGCCUACCUUCCCAGGGCAGGUAGCCACAGGCUUUUGUUUCCUUCCAACAAUACUUUUAUUAUGGUAUUAAGACCUUUCUUUGUAUAAUACAUUGCAUCUGUGUUUUCAGUUUUUCAAAUAAAUAUUUCAGCCUGGCAA